CAACACACGCCUACUGUCCCUCUUCGCCUCCUGCACUGAUACGCCCGCUUCGCGAUGAUCACGCACAGUACGCGCUCGCGGCGCUGGCCCAUCCCUCUGACGCUGGUAGCUACCACGCUCUUUGCGGCGCUGACACUCGUUGGUCGGCGGCCCAGCAGCGAGGGCAUCGACUCUCUCGCGACUGCCUUUGACGACAGUACAAUGGCAGCAACACUGACCGCCGAGCAGAAGCUCGUCGACUUUCAAGUGUCCGCGGACGAGACGGAGGAGGCUGUCAACUCCCAGAUUGGCACCGCCGGCGCGCAAGCGGGCUCCCUCUCCUUGCCGGCGUCGUCAGAGGUGAUUCCCGCGCCGCUCGAGCACGUGAGGCAGUCGGUGGCAGACGGCGUGGGCGAGGCGAGCACGCGGUUCGGUGGCGAGGUGGGAAAGGCGGGCCGGUUUGCGAGCUCGCGCGUCACCGAGUCGCUGCUCGGCCUCGCGCAGGCCGGCGGCCUCGGCGAUCUGAAGCCGGGCGGGUUGUCGGUCGAGUGGGAGGAGCUGGCCAUCAGUGGGGUGGGAGGCGCGCGGCUAAAGGCGGUGGUUGCGUAUCCCAAGGCUGGGGCGGCGGAGGCGACACGCCGCUUCCCAGUCGUCGUCCUCUGCAACUCGUGGGUGAUGAACUGGUGGGAGUACGCCGUCAAGCAGCAGGAGUGGGCGGCGGCGGGGUACGUCGUGCUGAUGUACGUCGCGCGGGGCUGGUGGGAGUCGGAGGGGGAAGUGACCGCCGCGGGCCCGCUCGAGGUGGACGACGCUCGCCGCGUGCUCGACACGGUCGAGACGCGCGCCGCCGACUGGCACGCCGACCCGUCCCGCAUCGCCACGGCGGGCGUCUCGUAUGGCGGAGGCCUUGCUGUCCUCACGGCCGCCGCCGACAGCCGCGUGACGGCGGCGGUCUCUCUCUCGGGGUGGGGCAACAUCAACCGCGCCCUCGCGGGGCAGGGCGCGCCGAACCUGUUCUGGUACGAGGUGCUCAAGCUGAGUGGCUCUCCAUGGGUGGGGAUGGGCCGGCUCUCCAACUCCGUCUCGCCACACUUCCGCGCCAUCCUCGCCGGCAACCGCUCCGAGGAGGUUGUGGGGUGGUGCCGCACUCGUUCGCCAGAAGCGCACCUGCAGGACUUGUGCGGCGGCGGUCGCGCCACGCCCGUUCUCCUGUCCAACAACGCGGAGGACCGGCUCUUCGCGCCCGACGCGGCGCUGCUCUACCGGCAGGCGCUGCAUGGCGCCGGCUGCCGCGUCGAGACGAUGAUCCACGAGGGGAUCCACGCCAUGGCAGAGCUGCCAGGCAUGUUGGGCUUCUCCGACGCCGUCGCAACAUCGUCCCCGCUCUGGAGCCGUGUCCUGGCUUUCCUCGACGCCAACCUCAAGCCGGGCGCCGCGCCGCCGCCGCCGCCGCCACCCGCCCUCUCGUUCCAGCUGCGCCAGCCAGAGGCGUCUGUCUUCAAGAACUACGUGCCAGUCUACCUCGACUUCGACUCGUGGCCGUCGCCGCGCGUGCAGCCGUCAA